CUUUUAGGGUAGGGGGGGGCCAAAAAGAGUUUCCAAAAGAUGCAUACCAGCACAGGUGACAUGGCAGCAAGGCAUGCAAUUUUAGGCUUCUUAAUAUUAGCCUUCAUGCCCUUUCUGUUGCUCAAGUACCGUGACCCCGAUGCUUCUCCUUUCGAUGACGGCAACAGCAUCAUCAUGCUGGUCUUCUGCAUUGCUACAUUGACAUAUGUUGCAGCCAUGGUGACCGAACUUAGACUCCGAAUUCGUGGUGUCGAAUGCCCCAACGUUAUAAGCAAUGUCAGUUACUUAUCUGCUUCUCUUGCCGCGAUUUCACUCGUGACGAUCCUUUUCCCGUACCUGGGCUGGUUCUUGUUUGUGAUAUGGAUCGGUUUCUGUGUUAAGCUCUCGCUUGACGCGUACUUGGAGCUCUUCCAGCCGCUAGCUUCGGGUGCAUCUUACCUUUGGAACAAGCAAGAAAAGAAUGAUGAUCGGUCGUCUGCGACUGCAAGUACUCCUGACUCUCCUGUUUAG